CUGGAAAAGGAGGGAAAACUCCUCGGGCUGCUGCUGCUCGGAGGGAACUGAGAGAGAGACGGGCAAGUAGGCGAGGCGAGACCGGUCGCGUCCGGGAAAAGGGCCAAGAGGAGUCGCCUUCGAGUCGGGAGAGAGGCGAGCUGCCUUCGCGGAGGGAGCUCUGCAGAGGCGAUCUGCUUCUGGGCAGAGAGAUGAAGCCACGGAGAAGCCUGGGAGGCGGCUGAGGGCGCCACGAGAGCCCGGCUGGGCUGCUGCCUGGACGCCUGGUGGUGGUGGUGGUUUCCACCCCGUGGGCUGCCAUUCCCUCUGGACGCCCUGACACGGGAGGAGGCGAGCCCAUGGGUUCCUGUGGGGCUGGUUUCCGCCUCAGCGCCUCAGGGAAGGGCAGAGCGCGCGGCCUCGACAGUCGCUGGAAAGGGCGCCCAGGCUAGCGGAGUCCUUUCCCGGAGGAGGCGGGCUCGCAGCUUGGGAGAAACCUCUCGCCGGGCGCAGCCAGCCUCCGAAGGGCACCGAGAAAAGGCGUCGCCCUGGGGACGCCUUCCCUCGCCGGAGGCCACCAUGCCGCUGCGCUCGACGGCUCGGCCUUGGGACAACCUGACAGCUGAGGGGAACGCCAGCUCAGAGUUGGGGCCGGGGCUGCUGCUGCCGCCUCAGCCGCCGGCGCUCUUCAUCAUCCGCUGCGUGAUCCCCUCGCUGUACCUGGUGAUCAUGGCCGUGGGCUUGCUGGGCAACGUGACGCUGCUGAAGGUCUUCGCCGGCCAGGGCGCCGGGCGCAGCGUGCCCAACAUCUUCAUCUCCAGCCUGGCCGUCGGCGACCUCUUGCUGCUCCUCACCUGCGUGCCCGUGGACGCCUCGCGCUUCUUCCUCGAGCGCUGGCUCUUCGGCGAGCUGGGCUGCAAGCUGCUGCCGGCCAUCCAGCUCACCUCGGUGGGCGUCUCCGUCUUCACGCUCACCGCCCUCAGCGCCGACAGAUACAAGGCAAUUGUAAAUCCGAUGGACAUUCAAGCAUCCAGUGCAGUCUUAUGGACCUGUAUUAAAGCUGUUGCCAUCUGGGUAAUUUCCAUCUUGCUCUCAGUUCCUGAAGCAGUAUUCUCUGAAGUGGCACACAUCAACGAUGCAGACAAUGUCAGUUUCACACAAUGCAUACGGUAUCCCCUGAAGGAUGAUUUGCACCCAAAAAUCCAUUCAGUGAUGAUACUUCUGGUAUAUCUCCUUAUUCCACUCACUAUCAUUAGUAUCUACUAUUACCAUAUUGCCAGGACUUUAAUUAAGAGUGCACAUAAUCUCCCCGGAGAAUACAGUGAACAAUCUAAAAAACAGAUGGAAACUCGAAAGCGCCUGGCUAAAAUCGUACUCGUCUUUGUUGGGCUUUUUGCUGUCUGCUGGUUACCUACCCAUGUGCUGUACAUGUACCGGUCCUUUAAUUACCAUAAAAUCGACCCUUCCCUUGGCCAUAUGAUCAUUACUUUGGUAGCCCGAGUGCUCAGCUUCUGCAAUUCUUGUGUCAACCCCUUUGCACUCUAUUUUCUGAGUGAGAGUUUUAGGCGGCACUUCAAUGCCCAGCUUUGCUGUCGCAUAACGCCUCAUCGACAGAGAUCUGCCAGUUACCUGAACAGCACCUCAGCCAUUCGGAUGACUUCUGUGGAAAAUAACACCAGGAACACUGAUGCUAUGACAACAAUUGUGAAUGGGCAUAACCCCAAAUAAGAUAUACCAUUGUGACUACUGUACAUCCAAGCUUGAAAUGAGUUUGUUUUAAGCAUUAUCUCUGCUGCAUGUCACAGUUAUUUAAAACAGAUUAUUAGUACCUUUAAUUUAAGGACAAGCAUUUAUUUAUCUUCCUCUGGUUUACAAAGGAAGUAUUUUUACCUUCUUGUGGAUUUGGAAGGAUAUACAGUAUAUUCUCACUUAGUAGCAGCGGAGGAAUUGUUUCCAAAAUUCUUGGAUGGGAACUGAGGAACACAAAUGAAAAAGGGGCAGGAUGAGGACUAAUAUAUACAAUUAGUUGUUUAUCUUGUUGAAGAAGUAUAUAUUACUAUAAAAGAGUGCUUUCAUCUGGGAACUUUUAGGAUACUAUAUUGCUGUGUAACGCCUUCUUUCAAAAGGUAGCCUCCCUGACUCAGUCAUGUGCAUACUUUGAUGUUCUGCCUGUACCUCUAGAUUCUGACUCCACUGACUGUGUCUUCAUUGAAUUUCUGAUGGAAAUAAAUGCAUUAUUUAAUUUAAUUGUUGAAAUAUAAAUGAAUAUGUAUAUGAACACAUUUCCCAUCCAGGUUGCAAGCUGUUUACAAUAAAACAGACCGGAACUGGAUGAGGAACUAUAUAUGCAAAUAGAUCCAUUGCAUAGUCUGGUUGGGCUAAUAACACUGAAAAAGUAGAGGAUAUACUGGGAUUACCUACUCUAAAUCCUGAUGCCCUGCUUGCCCUGCUCCCAUGGAGAAUGCAGCUACAGGUGAAUUCUCCAUCACAAGGGGAGCCAUGACAGGGCUUCCCUCACAGGCUCUGACUCCUCUGUCUUCUUCCCUGCUUUCUUCUACAAUUUGGACAAGGAAGUCCUGAAACCAGGAGUCUAUUCUAUACUUGUAGCUCUCCAUAUAACUUUGGAUCCUAUAUCCUAUGGACAGGUGAUGCCGACAAGCACAGCUUGCUGCAUAAGAAGAACAUGUGAAUAUGAAUGUCCAGCCAGGGGUAUUGCCUGUAGGGCAUUGCUUUGAUUUUGUGCAAAUCUGUUAUCAUAAAGGAUUAUAAUGUGAUCCAUUACAUAUGUAUUGAGAUGCUAAUUGUGUGUGACCAAUAUAUACAUUGCAACAGGCACCUAUCAAAAUUGUUCAGUUUGCCACAAGGCUAGAUUGCCUAACAGCCACAAUGAGGUGCAUUAGCAAGACAAUGUUGCCUCACAUUGCGAACAGUUCACUUUAAAAAUUAUUAUUGCUUAGUGCUUAAUUGAUGUGGCUUGUCUGUCCAUCCUACCACCCAUCUCAUUUCAUACUACAGGAGCUUUUGUCUGCAUCACUGUGUCACAUUUUGAAUCUGGUAAACAUCUGUGACAUUUGAAUAAUAAAUGGCCAGUUACAAAUGAAUGUUCUUUUUGUGGGACUAUCUUUGAAGAUAGUCCAGAAAAUGCAACUGGUACAAAAUGAUGCCAUGUGUGUCCUGGUGGUUGGUAGAGAGUUCAAUGUUAUCUUUACUGGCCCCAGUCUGAAUGGCUGGUACUGUCCUCUGAAGCCCUCAUUUUAAAUUGGGUUUCAGAUUAGUUUAAAGACUACCUUCAUUGGUACCACCCUGUCUGCACUCUGAGAUCAUUGUUGAAAACCAUAACCAAAAUAUUGUAGUUUUCUACAUUUUCUGGGUUUUAUGAUUUCUUCAUCUUUCUUUCUUCAUCUUGGUUCUUCUUCAUUGUUCAUCCAAGAAAUUCUCUGCAUUCUGUGGUAAAUCCAGAAGACAGCUACCGAACACAUGACGUUUCAAUCUUGAACUGUUGCACAACUUUUCUCGUGUGGUAAUUGCCUUGUAAUGACAGUGACAGUAAAGGAAGGGAAUGACGUACUUUAAUGUGGGCUCAGCUAUAUUUAAAGAGAAUGGUUUUUAAAAAAUGUUUUCAGUCAUUUCUCCUACCUUAUUCUGUGUAGCAUGAACAGCAUGAGGCUGGCAGCAUAUUUUGAUCCAAGGACACAUUUAGUGUGACAAGGGAGAACCAGAUUGUGAAAAGGCAUGAGCCUCAGGUUUUGGCAGAAGCCAAAACCACCACCACCACCGAACAGCUUGUUACAACUGUAAGAAAAGGUUUAUAGCUCCUUUCAGGCAGGAAAUGAGUACAUCUUGAACACAUUGCUUUGCAGACAUCUUGUCCAAAGUUCAGAGUAGCAUGAUAUUUGUGAAUUGUCAUUGCCCUGGAGUCCUGUGGAAACUUCUUAAAUGUUACUUUGCUACAAAUUGUGUAUUGUAUUUCCCUGACAGUUUACAUGGUUCUAUUACUGUGAAACAGUAGAUGUUGUCAGUCUGAAGAUUUCUGUGUGAGGUGGCUCUGUGUAGUAAUGAUUAAAAAUGAUCAAAG